AGCGCGACUUUUCACUGUCUUAUAGAUUCCCAACACUUCAAAAAGCUCUCUUUCUAAAACUCUAAUACCCACCGCAACCGCCCUUUUCAAUACUCUCUGUUUUGUCUCAUGGAAUCUCAGGAAGAUCAAGACCCAGUUGCCCUUUUCAUGUCUCUUGAUGAUUGGCAAGAAGACUUGUCCUCUCAAUCUUUAUCUGAGACUUUUUUGGUUGGCUUUGUUAUUGCCAAUAUAGUGGGUGUCCGCUACUACUCUGGUACCAUCACUGGACGUGAAUUGGUUGGCUUGGUUCGCGAACCUUUAAAUCCCCAUGAUCAGAAUGCUAUUAAAGUUCUUAAUGCAAGAUCCCUUCAAGUGGGUCACAUUGAAAGGUCAGUUGCUUCUGUUUUAUCUCCUUUAAUUGACUCUCAGAAGAUUACCGUUGAAGGUAUAGUGGCUAAUUCUCGUAGUAACAGUAAUAAAUUUAAAAUUCCUUGUCAAAUUCAUAUUUUUGCGAGGUUUGAGGAUUUUGAGAGGGUUAAAUCGGAGAUUACUCGUGGUGGGUUAGUUUUGAUUACUGAAAUUGAUGCGAGUUUUGGGUUAUCAGAGGCUAUGGUGGUCAAAGAAAAGAAUAAGAAAAGUGGGUUUAAAAGCGUGGAUGAAAUUUUUAAGUUAGUGGAUGACAAUGUGAACAAGAAAGGGAAAUUAGGGACUUUGGAGCCACCUAAGGAGGUGAUCAAGUCUGAGCUCUUUUUGCACCAGAAGGAGGGAUUGUGGUGGUUGAUGAAUAGAGAGAAUUCUAACGAGUUGCCACCCUUUUGGGAGGAGAAAGACGGGAAGUAUGGAAAUGUUUUGACAAAUUAUCAUACUGAUAACAGGCCUGAGCCACUGCGCGGUGGCAUUCUUGCAGAUGACAUGGGGUUGGGGAAAACUUUAACUUUACUCUCUUUGAUUGCCUUUGAUAAAGUUGAUAGUAGUUUGAAUAUUAAUGUGGGAGAACAAAUGUGCAAGGUGGAUGAGGAAGUGUCUCUUUUCAGUGAUACAAAAGGGAAAAGGGGUAGGGUGAGUAAAAAGGUGACUGCAGGACGGAAAAGACGUAAAAUUGAUGGCACCCUUUUGGGCAGCAAUGCAAAAGGGAAGGCUGUGAGUAUAAUUGACAAGUCUUCCAGUGUUUCAGGUGCAAAACCGACUUUAAUUGUGUGCCCUCCUGUUGUAUUUUCAACAUGGAUAACACAGCUAGAAGAUCACACUGUAGGUGGAUCGCUCAAAGUAUACAUUUAUCAUGGGGAAAGGACUAAAGAAGCUGAGGAGCUUAAGAGGCAAGAUAUAGUGUUGACAACGUAUAGUACUUUGGCUAGUGAAGAUUCUUGGGAAGACUCCCCUGUGAAGAUGGUAGAAUGGUGGAGAGUCAUUUUGGAUGAGGCACACGUCAUAAAAAAUGCAAAUGCACAACAAAGUCGAGCAGUUACUAAUCUGAACGCUAAGCGGAGAUGGGUUGUUACUGGAACACCUAUACAGAAUGGAUCUUUUGAUCUGUUUUCCUUGAUGGCCUUUUUGCGGUUUGAGCCGUUUUCCAUCAAAAAUUAUUGGCAGAGCCUGGUACAGCGCCCACUUGCCCAGGGGGAUAAGAAAGGGCUCUCGCGGCUGCAGGUUUUAAUGGCAACCAUUUCUUUGCGGAGAACAAAAGACAAGGGUUUAGUUGGAUUGCCAUCUAAAAGUGUAGAGACAUGUUACAUUGAACUUUCUCAAGAAGAACGUGAACUCUAUGACCAGAUGGAAGGGGAAGCCAAGGGUGUCGUACAAGGCUUUAUUAAUGCUGGUAGCCUAACAUGCAACUAUUCUACCGUACUUUGCAUAAUAUUACGACUUCGCCAGAUAUGUAAUGAUCUGGCCUUGUGUCCUUCAGAUCUGAGAGCACUACUACCUUCCAACAGUAUUGAAGAUGUAUCCAAUAACCCUGAGUUACUUGAAAAGGUGGUUGCUGUGCUGCAAGAUGGUGAAGAUUUUGACUGCCCAAUCUGCAUUUCUCCACCUAUCGAUACUGUAAUUACGCGCUGCGCUCACGUCUUUUGCCGCCCCUGCAUCUUGAAAACCCUGCAACGCAUGAAGCCCUGCUGCCCACUUUGUCGCCGAUCUCUAACUAUGUCUGACCUGUUCUCAGCCCCUCCUGAAUCUUCUCACACUGAUAACACUGAAAUUUCUUCUUCAAAAAGAAAUACAUCAUCCAAGGUCUCUGCUCUCUUAAACCUUCUCAUGGCAGCAAGAGAUAAAAAUCCAACUGCAAAAUCAGUAAUAUUUUCACAAUUCCAAAAGAUGUUGGUAUUACUUGAAGAGCCAUUGAAAGCAGCUGGUUUUAAGAUAUUGCGGUUAGAUGGAACAAUGAAUGCAAAAAAGAAGGCUCAAGUUAUAAAAGAAUUUGGAAUUCCUGGGCCUAAUGGGCCCACUGUUCUGCUUGCCAGUCUUAAGGCUUCAUGUGCUGGCAUAAACCUAGCAGCUGCUUCUAAAGUCUAUUUGUUGGAGCCGUGGUGGAACCCAGCAGUUGAGGAACAGGCUAUGGAUCGUGUCCACCGAAUUGGACAAAAGGAGGAUGUAACAGUUGUGAGGUUGAUCACUCGAAACAGCAUUGAGGAAAGGAUAUUGGAGAUGCAGGAAAGGAAGAAGAAACUGGCCAAGGAAGCUUUUGGGAGGAGGGGAGCAAAAGCACAUGAUGUUAGAACAGAUGAUCUUCGCAUACUCAUGUCUUUGUGAGUUCUUACUCUCAUUCACAUGUGCAUAUUACUUCUAUGAACAUAUAGUGCCUUAUAGCGGUCUAUAUCUAUCUGCACCAUGUAAAUUUUCUGGGAGCUCUUUUUGAGUUCUUGUAGGUAAAUAUGCAUAACUUAAGCAUGGUAAUCCAGUUAGAACAUUGUUUAGCUUAUGCACAGAAGCACAACCUCAGUGCAAACCAAAUUUGGAAUUUUGUUUGGCAACUUGAAUAUCUAUCUACAAGUAUUUUGCAGGAUU